CUCGCCCCUCCCGCCGGGCCGGGCCGGGCCGCGGGGCGCGACGGGCAGCGCGGAGCGGCCGCGCCCGGGCAGGAGCCGCCGCCGGCGGGAGCGUAGCGGAGCCGGGCGGGCCGCGCCAUGCGGCUGUGCGGGGCGCUGCUCAAGAACCCCAUCCCCAAGCAGAUCGAGUACUACUCGCGCUUCUCCCCCUCGCCCCUCUCCAUCAAGCAGUUCCUCGACUUCGGUCGUGACAAUGCCUGCGAGAAGACUUCGUACAUGUUCCUGCGGAAGGAGCUUCCCGUGCGACUGGCGAACACCAUGAGGGAAGUCAAUUUGCUGCCUGAUAAUUUACUGAACAGGCCUUCAGUUGGGCUGGUACAGAGCUGGUACAUGCAGAGUUUCCUUGAGCUUUUAGAAUAUGAAAAUAAAAGUCCUGAGGAUCCUCAUGUUCUGGAUGACUUUUUAGAUGUUUUAAUUAAAGUCAGGAACAGACACAAUGAUGUGGUUCCAACCAUGGCACAAGGGGUGAUUGAAUACAAGGAAAAAUAUGGCUUUGAUCCAUUUGUUAGCAGUAACAUCCAGUAUUUUCUAGAUAGGUUCUACACCAACCGCAUCUCCUUCCGUAUGCUUAUUAACCAACACACACUUCUCUUUGGUGGAGAUAUUAAUCCUGCUCAUCCCAAACAUAUUGGAAGUAUUGAUCCUAAUUGUGAUGUGGCAGAGGUGGUUAAAGAUGCUUAUGAAACAGCUAAGAUGUUAUGUGAACAGUACUAUACAGUGGCACCUGAUCUGGAAGUUGAAGAAUUCAAUGCUAAAGCUCCAAACAAGCCUAUUCAAGUAGUCUAUGUACCUUCUCAUUUGUUUCAUAUGUUAUUUGAAUUAUUCAAGAAUUCAAUGAGAGCCACAGUGGAAUUGCAUGAGGGUAAGAAAGAAGCCUAUCCAUCGAUCAAAACCUUAGUCACUCUGGGCAAAGAAGAUCUAUCUAUUAAGAUAAGUGACAAAGGUGGAGGUGUACCUCUCAGAAAAAUAGACAGAUUGUUUAACUACAUGUACUCAACAGCACCCAGGCCCAGUCUGGAGCCCUCGAGGGCUGUGCCUUUGGCUGGGUUUGGCUAUGGAUUGCCAAUUUCUCGUCUGUAUGCGAGGUACUUUCAAGGUGACCUUAAACUCUACUCAAUGGAAGGCGUUGGUUCAGAUGCUGUUAUUUAUUUGAAGGCCCUUUCAAGUGAAUCAUUUGAAAGACUUCCUGUUUUUAAUAAGUCAGCAUGGCGGCACUACAAGACCACGCCUGAAGCAGAUGACUGGAGCAAUCCCAGCAGUGAACCAAGGGAUGCUUCUAAAUACAAAGCUAAUCGAUAAUUUGCCACCUUUUGUCUCUGUUGGAGAUGACCUCUGCAUUCAGUAUAAAGUCUCUGCUUUGUUCCAAAAUCCUUCAGACCACAGUAGCUAAUUACUUCCAAACAAAGACCUGAUCAGGGCAUUGAAAAAUACUAAGAACAAAGUGAUGAUUGGGACUUAAAAGGAAGGCACUGAGCACUGAGUUUGGUAUGUGAAUCCUGUGUACUUCACCAGAAUAUGCUUGGUUGCUUCAGUCACGCGUUGACAAAAGGGAUCGCACUGUGAUUGCACUUAGGAACACAAUGUUGUAACAAAAAGAUGCUAUUGGAAGUGGCCAGUUCUUAUUCCAGUGUAAGGAUUGGUAAGGUGUGCAGAACCCCUGAGUGGUGAAUAGUAUCUUGCACAGCAAUAUGGUGUAAGAGGAAAAUUCUGACGUAGUUCAACGUGUGCUUCAUGCAGCAUUUUGUAUUGCACAGUGUCACCCCUAGGAGAAUAUCCCUUUGAGCUCUUCAGAUCUUAUCUCUAGUGAGUUUAUAAAUGCAUAGUUCUAAAAAGGGUUGUGCAGCUUUAAACUGAUGCUUUCUCCAAAUUCCCAAACCCACUUGUCAUGUGCAUACAAAAGUCGUGUUGUUAUAAGACGGUAGGACUUCCACUCCUUGGUGUGCAACUUGAUGAUUUUCUUGACACAGAAAUGCAUUUCUGUGCAUUUUCCUUGUUUUGAGGAAAGCUCCUGAGCAGUUAGAUCAUCUCUUCAUACAACAAAUUCUGUCAAUACAGGGGCAGGGGGUAAUUCAAGUUCCUAUUUGCUUAUCAUUUUAGGGGAAUUGGGGAGGGGAGAGAAAUCCUGAGAGGCCAGCCAGCCAGUCAUACAAAUGAAUUUGCCUUAAGAGUGUUGGUUGUUUGAAACCUGAUUAGUUUAAAACCUGUAAAUAGUUCGCAAAGUUAUUUAUACAUUCAAUGUCUGACUGCAGUCUGGUAAUCUGAAUUUGUAGUGUAUAUAAAGAUGUUGUACAUCAGCCUUUGGAACAUGUUAUUGGCCUAAGUACAUGAAACUGGAAAUACAGUAGAAAUGGGAGGGACAAAAUGUGGCCAGUACCUGGUUUAAGUUAAAAAAUAUCAAAGAUGAAAAAAAAUCCAAGUAUUUUCCCCUUAAAUUUAUCGUAAGGGUCAUUGGUGACUAUUAGAAAACUGUUCUUCACAAAGUCUUUGCCAAAUGCUGUUUCUGAUACUAUGGCCUUUCAGAAAAACCUGUGACAUUUAGAAGCUCUGGUGAUACAUUAGCUGUGGCAAUAAAGAAGAUGAGUUGUAAGCAGCUCUGAUGCACCCUCAAUUUCUCUUAGGUGUUUUGAUAAUUUUUGGAAAGAUAAUAGAGAUUUUAGCAUGGAAAAAUGAAACUUGUUUACUAAAAUUGUGGGGGAACUGUCCCUUUUGUCCUCCCAGUAUUUAUUUUUAUAAAGAACUGAUUUAUUAGGGAAAUGCUGAAAAAUUCCUAGGUAUUUUAAAAAAAGAAAAAGAAUCUUAGUUUGACUUUACAAUAGUACUUUGCACUUCAUAGCACAUCUCAUUGAAGGAUUAUAAAGUGCUUUGAGCAAUAAACUCCAUAGAGCCCCA